GUAUUUCAAACUGUGGUUGCGAACGGGAAGUACAGUGUGUGUGUGUGUGUGUGUGUGUGUGUGUUUGCAUUUGAGCUGAACUGAAGAAAUAAUGACGCGUUCAAUCUCUUCCACACUUUCCACUGUAGUCUGACCUUUUUAGUCGUUGCGGUUUGUGCGUUUGCUGUGUGUAAAUGUUGUACGUGUUGUCUGGAGAGGCAGAAGACGGACAGCUGUGAUACAUCUCCAGCACAUCAGCUGCUACUGCAAAACAAAACCGACUCUUGUAAUAAAGAUGCACAGGAUGAGCCAUAAACACAGUAAAUGAUCAUUUUGGCGAGAAUCUACCAGUGACAUCAUGAAUUUGGUCCGUCUCGUGUGUCGUCAUAAGACAGCCCUGGCACUCUGUGUCCUCUUCCUAUUCGCUGUCGUCCUUUUAUUCCUCGCCAAAUGUACGUCUGAGACGCUGAAACCAGCCGAGUCCCCAGGGGUGGCGCCGCGGGCCGAGUCGCGUCAAAAGCAGCCGGCAGGACCUCCCCGUGCCAGAGAGCUCUCUGCGUUCCUGGUCGUUCUCAUCACCACGGGGCCAAAGUACACAGAGCGUCGCAGCAUUAUCCGGAGCACCUGGCUGACCAAGCAGGAUCCCGAAGUGCUCUACUGGUUUGUCAUUGGCACCGAGGGUUUACCCGCCGAAGACCUCCAGAACCUCGGAACCGAGCAGGUCCGUCACCAUGACCUCCUCUUGCUCUCAGACCUCCGGGAUUCGUACGAGAACCUCACGCAGAAACUGCUUCACAUGUACUCGUGGUUGGACCAAAACGUGGACUUUAAAUUCGUUCUGAAGGCAGAUGAUGACACCUUUGCCCGCUUGGAUCUCCUCAAAGAGGAGUUGAAGACCAAGGAGCCCAGUCGCCUCUACUGGGGCUUCUUCUCUGGCCGUGGCAGAGUGAAAACAGCCGGGAAAUGGAAAGAAAGUACUUGGGAUCUGUGCGACUACUACUUACCGUAUGCUCUAGGUGGGGGCUACGUGCUAUCCGCUGACCUCGUGCACUACGUGCAUCUUAAUGUGGGCUUUCUAAAGAUCUGGCAGAGUGAGGACGUAUCCUUGGGUGCGUGGUUGGCCCCCGUGGACGUGAAGCGGCUUCACGAUCCACGCUUCGACACGGAGUACAAGUCGCGCGGCUGCAGCAAUAAGUAUCUGGUCACACACAAGCAGAGUUUAGAGGACAUGUUGGAGAAACAUCAGACACUACAGCGAGAUGGGCACCUGUGCAAAGAGGAAGUCAAACUAAGGCUGUCCUAUAUUUACGACUGGAGCGUCCCACCUUCCCAGUGUUGCCAGCGGAAGGAUGGCAUCCCCUGACUUUUUGACACCCGAGUUCUUGUGCAGUUUUUCCACUUGCUAUUUAUUUAUUUAUUUAUUAUCAAUGUUGUGAGUCGACCUGGAAUAGGUUACUUAACUUUUUGAAAAGGCUUUUUAAAUGAGAAAUAUGGGUGAUGAUACAGAAAAGCUGCGUAAAGGAGAUGCUGAUUCAGCAGGGAGUCAGUUUGUGCAGAGAGCCUGGGGGACAGAUGUUUCUGCUGUAUUUGCUGCAUACACCUUCUGUACUUGAUGUCCACCGAUUAAAAUGCUCCAUUUAUAAUCUCGAGAAGUUUAGAGUGGAUAUGUUGUAAUAAAUCUACAUAAAUGAGAAAUGUGAACCAGACAAACAGUUUAUUAACAGGAAAGAAACUUGAAGAUAAAUGAUAACUUAACCUAAUGUAUUUUUUCCAUCGUGAUAGAGAACCUUUCUUUUGAGUUUUUCUCACAAAUUUGCCAUAUGAUGAUAAACCUCUCUUGAGGACUUGAGAACCUGGCCACCAGGUUUGGCAGUAUUUUUAGUAUUUUAUGUGAUGUGAGCUGUAAAUAAUGUACCUCAAAUUUUAUUAAACAUUUGUUUGUUCUGUUUUUACACCA